AGACAAAAGGCUGGAAAUGUUGCUCCAGGAUAAGGGUGGAUAAGGCAAAUAUGAACAUGCACAAACACACACGCCCCCCCCAGUGGUGUGGGCAUACAUAUAAACGUGGUUGCCACCUGAGGACAGAAUCCAGGUUGUGUUUCCUGAGCAAAAGCCAAGCUCUGCUGCUCACAGCUCAUCCAGCCACCAUGAAGAUCACGGGCGUGCUGCUCCUGCUCUCUCUGGCCCUUUUCUGCAUCUCAGUUCCAGCUACUGAUGCGCUGCAGGCUGCACCCGUCUACUGCAGGAACCAGAGGACUAUCAGGAAUAUGUGUACCAUGGAGUAUGUUCCCCACUGUGGGUCUGAUGGUGUCACCUACCCCAACAAAUGCACGUUCUGCAACGCGUUCCUGAGAAGCCGUGGAGCUCUUGCCUUGAGGUCUCUUAAUGCCUGUUAAGUUCUUGACAGGAUUCAGCUGAGAAAGAGCAUCCCUCCCUGACAAUGUUCCCCAUGGCAGAUGACUUCCUAAACCCCUGACCCUUGAAAACCACUUAUCAACCCUGAAACCUCUGAUAAUAAAAAAAAGACCCAGCA